AUGGCUUCCCAGCGGAGAGGACCGUGGUCACAACAAGAGGACGCCUACCUGAUGCAGCUUGUCAAUGAUCAGGGCCCCUUGAACUGGGUACGGAUUGCCCAGGCCCUGGGAACUAGGACGCCGAAGCAGUGCAGAGAACGAUUCCACCAGAACCUCAAGCCCACACUAAACCAUGAGCCCAUCACGCCUGAGGAAGGUGCCCAGAUCGAAAUACUCGUCAGCGAGAUCGGCAAGAGGUGGGCAGAGAUUGCACGACGCCUGCAUGGCCGCAGCGACAAUGCCGUCAAGAACUGGUGGAACGGAAGCCAGAACCGUCGGAAGCGUCACGACCGCCGCAGAGCUACCCAGAGCACCUCCGGUUACGACGAUCGACGCUACGGCUCGUCUGCGUACCAACGCCCGGCACUCACCAUAAACUCUCACGCCGCUUCUCUCCCCUAUGCCAGGCAUAGCAUGUCUUCUCCUGUGUCCCCUGCAUUCUACGCUCAUGGUCAUGGCUACUAUCAACUUGAGUCACCUCUCCCAUCUCCGAAUUCCACUUCUUCACCUGGAAGCGAUGUUCUCGAUGGCGAGGCAUCCACAGUCUCAGACGCAGCAUCCAGCUACACCACAUCUCCGCAGUGCCUUUCGCGAGGCAACACACCAUCCAUCCAGCUGGCUCCUCUCCGCAUGGACGACAACUCGGCCCCGCGUUCUCUUCCUCCCUUUGGCAGUCUCCUACACGCAUCAGGUGAAAGCAAAGACGCUGGACACAUUCGUCUGCCAUCAAUCACAUCGCAUCUGUUGACCGCGCCCAACUCGCCUGUGGGGAGCGUUGCUCGGCAGGUUCCCCCACCAUCCUCGCCCUCCGCUGCGGACAAGGACUCUAGGAUGGAUGUCUCCGCUCUGCUUGGAUGA